GGAUUUGGGAGUAGAAAAAGAGCAUCAGUUCCAGAGAAAAAAAGAGCAUCAAGAUUUGGAAAAAAUAGAGGUUAAAAAAAUCACUGGGGUUCACCUGAAAAAUUGAAGAACAAGUGAUUUCAUAGGACGACUGCCACAAAAAAACAACACCAUGACGCAGGAAAAGCCUGAUGGCAAGAUAUUUAAUGAUUCCAUUCACGGCCACAUAGAGUUACACCCACUUCUCGUCAAAAUCAUCGACACACCUCAGUUCCAGAGACUACGAAACAUCAAGCAGCUUGGGGGCGUUUAUUUUGUCUACCCAGGAGCAUCUCACAACCGCUUUGAACAUUCAAUUGGCGUGGGGUACUUAGCAGGAGAAUUUGUAAAAUCUCUACAGUCGAGGCAACCAGAACUCAAAAUCGAUGACAGAGACAUCCUUUGUGUGGAGAUUGCAGGUCUUUGCCAUGACCUUGGACAUGGACCCUUUUCUCACCUGUUUGAUCAGAUGUUUAUCCCUGAAGCUUGCAAAGGAUCAAAGUGGAAGCAUGAGGAUGCCUCUAUUGCAAUGUUUGAUCACCUGGUGGAAGUCAAUGAUCUGAAGAACGAUAUGGAACAUUAUGGGCUGAAGCUGAAAGAAGACCUGGUCUUUAUCAAGGAGUUAAUUCAUGGACAUCCUCUGGAAGAUAAGGAAAAUGGGCAAAAGCCGAAAGAAUCAUCUACACCGUGGCCAUACAAAGGACGAAACGAGGAGAAGUCUUUCCUCUAUGAAAUCGUUGCCAACAAGCUAAAUGGGAUUGAUGUGGACAAGUUUGACUACUUUGCCAGGGACUGUCACCACCUCGGCAUGAAGAACAAUUUUGACCAUCAACGAUUCUUCAAGUUUGCCAGGGUGUGCAAGUAUAAAUAUCGGAGACACAUCUGCUCCAGAGACAAGGAGGUGGGAAAUCUGUAUGACAUGUUCCACACAAGGAGCCGUCUCCAUAAAAAAGCCUACCAGCACAGAGUAAACAAGAACAUAGAAAUUAUGAUCAAAGAUGCCCUCUUAAAAGCAAAUCCCCACAUUAAGAUCCAAGGAUCUAAAAAGAAGAAAUUCACUCUCUCUAAAGCCAUACAUGACAUGGAGGCCUACACCAAGCUGACAGAUCAAGUGUUAGAAAAAAUAAUUAACCCAGACUCGAAUCAACCAGAUUUGGAGGAAGCAAAUAAAAUUGUACAGAGGAUCUUCUCUCGAAAACUGUACAAGUUUUUGGGUGAAGCCAAGCUAGGAGUGCAAAUGGAAAAGGAACAAUUAAAGGCUACAAUUGAAAGCUUGAAACAGGAACUGAGAAAGGGAGAAGGUCCGCCAGAGCAAAACAUCUUUGAAGUUGUUGUUGUCAGUGUGGACUAUGGGAUGAAAGACAAGGAUCCCAUGGAGAAAACCUACUUCUACAGAAAGAGCGACUAUGAGAAAGCAGUGCCCAAACAUAAGGUGUCCAAGCUUCUGCCAGAACGCUUUUCUGAGCAGGUCAUCAGGGUCUACUGGAAGAGCGAAGAAGGGAGUUCAGAAGCUAAGGAGCUCUAUAAAGAGUGGUGUAAGAAAAACCACUUUGAGCACGACCAGGAAAAUACCGAUAAAGCAAAAGAUGCCGCAGAUGAAGGUUCAGCGGGGAUGCAGCAAUGA